GAUAGCCGAGUAAAAAUGUUUAAGUUUGUGUUUUAUCAAUUCAUAGUAUUUAGCUGUUCGUAGAAAUUAGAAAGUAUUUAAGUAUCAACUAUAGCAUUCUAUAAAUCUAAACUAGUAUAAUUUUAUUUGUAUUACAGUAGGUAAGUAAUUUAACUUAAUAAUGUUCAUGGUUUUUGUUUUACAAAAGUGAGUUUAUAACCGAAAUUAUUAUUUUUUUAACACGUAUACUGAGUGCGCCGAAAGAGUGCCAGUCGGGAUAUCAAGUUUUGCGCAUCUUCCUGCCAUCAAAACUGGUUUCCCUAUGGCAGAGUGACGUUGGGGAUUCGCAGUAAAACCGAUUUUGGUUGCCGCCGACUUGCGCUCUCUCAGCGCACUCGGUAUAGUAACCAAUGAUCGUUGUAUCAGUAAAGCGGAAUUGGUCGUGAUUCGUAUAACUUUAAAUUAUACACACCAUGGUAUAGUAUAAUAUUUUAUUUGUAGAAUUGAAUUAAUAUAGGUAUUUUAUUGUAAUCCGGAGUGAGUAGAACGAUGGUUGACGAAAGUAAAAUCGUCAGUGAAUAUACAUCAAUAAAAUAUGGUUGGAUGGCGACGUUGGCUCAAUUGUUGGCUACUAUAGCGCAGAGUUUUCUGUCAAUCGGUUGGGGCAUGCAAUUAUCAAUAUCGGCAAUUGUUAUACGUCACUUACAAGGAAAUACUGAAAGUGAUUUUUCAAUAUCACUAACCGAGGCGUCUUGGUACGGGAGUAUAUUGUUUAUAAUUCACCCAUUUGGAUGUUUUCUAUCGGGAGUCUUACAAGAGAGGUUCGGAAAAAAGUAUUGCAUGAUUUUCGCAAAUAUUCCUAGUACCAUCGGAUGGACUUUACUGUACUUAGCUCAGUCGUCGCUUUUUCUCUACGCGUCGACACUUCUGAUGGGAUUCAGUAUCGCCGUCGGUGCUGGUGCAGUACAACACGCCUACAUCGGGGAAAUAACAGAACCAAGACUCAGAGGCGCCAUGGCUUCGAUAACGAAUACAGCAGCUUAUUUUGGAAUAUUGGUAUCUUUUACUUUGAGUUCAUUUUUUGACUGGCGAACUGUUGCAUUGUUGAGUACUCUUUGUCCGAUAAUUUGUAUAUUGUUAAUCAUUUUUAUCCCAGAGUCUCCUAUUUGGUUAAUCGCUAAAGGUAAACACGAAAAAGCUGAGAAGGCCAUUUGUUGGCUUAGAGGAUGGGUAGACUCUGAAACAGUUAAACCCGAACUAUCUAAUCUAUUACAUUAUAACAAUGUAUCUGGAACGAUUGGAACGCAAGAUAGCAAUGUUGUUACUAAUGAUAGUAAAAAUUUGCUAUCAAAAUUAGCUCAAUUUAAGAAACCAUCGGUUUAUAGGCCGAUGAAAUUAAUAAUGAUCUAUUUCUUCACGUCGUAUAUAGUUAACCUUACUCCUGGUAAACCAUUCAUUGGUAAAAUAAUGACAGAAGUUGGUUUGCGAGAUCACCAAAGUAUAUGUUUGAUUAUUUUUUCCAUUUUGCAAAUGAUUGGGAGUGUGAUAUUGAUUUUAACUAUACGUCGUUUCCGGAAAAGAUUUUUGACGUUAGUAACGACAUCGAUAAACUCUGCUUUAUUAUUAUUAUUUAGUGUAUACAUCGUAGCUAUGAAAAACAAUUGUAUUAAAUCGAUACAAUGGAUUCCUUUAACAUUAAUCGGCGGUAUUUACCUAUCUGGCGGUAGUGGUGUAGCAUGCAUACCCUGGAUGUUAAUUGGCGAAGUGUUUCCAAACAAAAGUCGAGGAAUUGCAACUGGAGUAUGUGCAGGAAUGUCGUAUUUACUUCUGUUUGCAUUAACAAAAUCAUAUCUAACAGUUGAAAUGUUUUUGAGUAUUGAGUACUCAAUGUGUCUUUUUGGUUGUAUUGGUAUUUUUGGAUUAAUAUAUUUGUAUUUUUAUUUGCCAGAAACUGAAAAUAAAACAUUAUUAGAAAUCGAAGAAUUUUUUACAUCGAAUUUAAAAAGUAGAACGUCUUUCUUACAAAUUGUCAGACAUUGUAUCUACACGUAUAUGGCAGACGCUAAAAUCCAAGCGCAAACAUCUACACAGAAAUAUGGCCCAAAAGCGACGUUUGCACAAUUCUUGGCGACAGUAGCACAGAGUUUUCUAUUUAUCGGGUUGGGCAUGAACCUUUCGAUAUCAGCAAUAGUCAUUCGCGACUUGUAUCAAAACCCAAACAGUGAUUUUUCAAUAACGACCACCGAGGCCUCAUGGUACGGAAGCUUGUUGUUCAUAAUUUACCCGUUCGGGUGUUUAGCAUCAGGUAUCCUGCAAGAUAAAUUCGGAAAGAAACUCUGUAUGAUAUUCGCGAACGUUCCAAGUAUUAUAGGAUGGAUUCUGCUGUAUUCCGCACGCUCGUCGGUGUUACUGUGCGCGUCCACCUUAUUCAUGGGAUUUAGCAUGGGAUUAGGCGCCGGAUCUACCUCAUCGUACGUCGGGGAGAUAUCGGAACCAAGGCUCAGAGGAUCUCUGGGUUCGCUAGGAACCACAGCGAUGAGAAUGGGCGCUACACUUAUGUACAUUCAAGGAUCGUUUUUCGAUUGGAGGACUACAGCGCUGUACAGCACAAUCUACCCCAUUAUAUGCAUAUGCUUUAUCAUUUUCAUCCCAGAAUCUCCCAUUUGGUUGAUCGCCAAAGGGCGGAAUGAAAAGGCUGAAGAGGCUAUGUGUUGGUUAAGAGGAUGGGUAGAACCUGAAAAAAUUAAACCAGAAUUUCUCGAACUAAUGCAUUACAAUGAAGUAUCUGGAACACAGGGUGGCUGCAAAAUUGAUACCGACGAUAAGAAGUUAUUUUCAAAUUUAACCCAGCUCAAAAAUCCAGCGGUCUAUAGACCACUGAGAUUGUUAAUGAUCUAUUUCUUUGUAUCUUCUUCAGUCAGCAUUUCCCCUGCCCGACCGUUUAUUACCAAAAUAAUGAAAGAAAUCGAUUUAUUCAAUAAUCAAAACGAAUCGUUGAUUCUCCUGUCAAUUUUGAUGAGUGUUGGGUCCAUUAUAGCGACUGCGACUGUUCAUCGAGUUGGAAAAAGAUUAUUGGCCCUAACGACAUUAACGCUAAACACGGUUACAUUAUUUUUGUUUGGUGCAUACAUUAUUGCAGUCAAAGCCAGUUAUUUAACAUCGUCUCCUUUCAUCCCAUUGAUAUUGCUGUGUAGCAUUUAUUUUAUCGGCUCAUGCGGUAUUUCGUGCAUUUUUUGGAUGAUACUGAUUGAAAUUUAUCCCAACAAAAGCCGAGGAGUUGCUACAUCUAUUUCGUCUGGAUUGGCCUAUAUAAUAUUAUUCAUAAUGACAAAAUCAUACUUAAUAAUAGAAAUGUAUUUAAGUCUGGAGUACACUAUGAUUCUCUUUGGUUGUAUUGGCGUUUUUGGGUUCAUCUAUUUGUAUUUUUAUUUGCCAGAAACUGAAAAUAAAACAUUAUUAGAAAUUGAAGAAUUUUUUGUAUCUAAUAAAAAUGGCUGAAUUAAA